AGAGCGCCCAAGCUGUUGUAUUAAUCUGCAAAUUUUCUCAGAUGACGCAAAGACUCUGACUUUGCCUCCCGUCCCCGCUCUCCCCCCUUUCAUCUCCACGUCCCUCCUCUCUCUCCUCGCGGCUCUCCGUCCCCGAUGCCUCGCUCUUGUCGGAUGGGAGACAGCAGCGACACACAGCAGGCAGGAUGACAAACCAGUCGACAGCCAACCCGUCCAACACAAACAAGGUGAAGGAGAAAGAAGAAAACCAGCGAGAUGACAACACGGACAUUGCGUAUAAAGAUGCGGGCCACUGCAGCCGCAACACCCACAAUCUGCUGCUGGGACUCACUGUUAUGGGUGUUGUCAUGGGCACUGUGUUUGGGAUGCUGCUGCGGUACAUGAAGGUGAAGGACAGCUCCGUGCUCACUAUGAUUUCCUUCCCUGGAGAAAUCCUCAUGAGGAUGCUGAAGAUGCUCAUCCUGCCUCUAAUCAUCUCCAGCCUUAUCACAGGCCUGGCUGGUCUAGAUGCCCGCUCCAGUGGAAGGAUGGGCAGUAGAGCCAUGGUGUACUACAUGUCCACGACUGUAAUCGCCGCCAUCCUCGGGGUCAUCCUGGUGUUAAGUAUCCACCCGGGGAACCCCAAACUGAGGAGAGGCACGUCGAGCACGACCCAGAAGAACCAGGAGGUCAACAGUCUGGACGCCUUCCUCGACCUCAUCAGAAACCUCUUCCCGGAGAACCUGGUGCGGGCCUGCUUCCAACAGGUUCAGACGGUGCUGAGAAAGGUUCCGGUCGCGGCACCGAACCAAACUGAGCCCAUCAUGGUGAGCAGGAAGUCACUGGAGUACAAAUGGGGCAUGAACGUCCUCGGCUUGAUUGGCUUCUUCAUCACCUUCGGCAUCUGCAUGAGCAGGAUGGGCGAGCGGGGGAAGGUCAUGUGCGACUUCUUCAACAUCCUCAACGAGAUCAUCAUGACGAUGGUUUCUAUGAUCAUGUGGUACUCUCCUGUCGGCAUCGCCUCUCUCAUCGCGGGGAAGAUCGCGGCCAUCGGAGACCUGGAGGUGGUGGCCAGGCAGCUGGGUAUGUACAUGGUGACCGUCAUGGUGGGCCUGGUGAUCCACGGCGGCUUGAUCCUUCCUGCUAUAUUCUUCGCCACCACCAGAAAAAGCCCCCUCACUUUCUACACUGGAAUCUUCCAGGCUUGGAUCACGGCUUUGGGCACCGCCAGCAGCGCGGGGACGUUACCUGUCACCUUCCGCUGCCUGGAGGAAAACCUGAAGAUCGACAAGCGAGUGACUCGCUUCGUGCUGCCCAUCGGCGCCACCAUCAAUAUGGACGGCACCGCGCUGUACGAGGCCGUGGCGGCCAUCUUCAUCGCGCAGAUGAAUGACAUCACGCUGGACGGCGGGCAGAUCGUCACUGUCAGUAUGACUGCCACCCUGGCCAGUGUUGGAGCUGCCAGUAUCCCCAGUGCUGGACUGGUUACCAUGCUGCUGAUCCUGACCGCCGUGGGGCUGCCUACUCAGGACAUCAGUCUGCUCAUCGCCGUCGACUGGCUGCUUGACAGAAUGCGUACCUCCAUCAAUGUGGUGGGCGACUCGUUCGGUGCCGGCAUCGUGGACCACUUGUCCAAGGCGGAACUCGCCGAACUGGACGCGGCAGAAAUGCAAAUCCUCCCGCCAGAGGAGGAGCUCGAUUUCAUCCCCCCGCCCCCCAUCCUCACGGAGAUGGACCUCGUCGACCCUUUCAAACCGCCCGAGCUGCCGCCUCGCUCCCCCCGCCCGCCCAAACUCAACCACCACGGUCACGUCCUCUCCCAGUCCCACUCCAUCACUUACUCACCGUCCCGUUCUAUCCGGUCUCCAUCGCCACGUUCAAUCCGCUCUCCCUCUCCGCGUUCCGUCUGCUCCCAUUCUCAUUCCCCUCGGCCUUUCCGUACUCAUUCUCCACGCCUCCUCCACAGGACGGAGCCGGGCUACUGCGCCCUGCCCAGCCACGAUAACCAGAUUCCCACGAUGCAUCGCUCCAGCUACAGAGAGCGAGACCGCGAGCGGGACCGGCUGAGGCGGGAGAGCGAGACAGAGGAGGAGGAGGAGAGAGAGAGGGCUCUGGGCGAAGUGAGCGACGGCGAGGAGAGCGAUGACACCGCCUACGACCGGAGGCACGUCAUCCCGCUGGGCGACCUGCCGUGAUUGGAUUGAAAAUCUUUCAAAGUCUCCCUCCCUCCUCCCCUCCGUCGAUUAGUUUUCCAUUUCACACAUUUCACAGCAGCUCCACCAGAUUCAGGUGGAGGUGGAGGUUCACAGGCUGCUUUCAUUCUGACGUAGUUUGAGUUCACUGCUCUCGAUUAGCAGAUCCGUUAAAGCUUAAUUUGAGCUUAAUGUGCAUAAAUAUUAAUAUGUUGCCAUGGCAACACCGUGUAUUAUUCCUUAGAAGAGUCCCUUAAAAAUCAGGCCUGAGACUUCUGAUCUUUUCUGCACCAAGAGAGCUUAAUAUGGAGAUCUGUGUUUCAUUUUCCUUUUUAUAACUGUCUUGGUUUUGAAUCCUCCCGUCUGUCUGAACCUCGUCACAUUCGCCUGAUAGGAGAGAAAAUGUGAGUUUGCUCUUGACGGUGUCGAGGCCGCCUCUUUACCAGCCUCUUAACGCACAACUAUAAGAGUUAUCAGUCAACUUAACCUCAGAUCCUUCCUCUUCUACUUUGAUUCUCCUGGCAAGAAGUGAAAAUUAUUCAACUUAAAGGAGCAGUUGCACAUUUAGAAAUACACUUUUUCUCCAGCAGAGGAGAAAAACUCACUCAUCAACAGUUGCGUCUCUUAUCCAAGCGUAAAAAUGCCAAACUCUUUCUUGGCCGAGAGCGGAAGAUUCCUGAAGUCUCCGCUGGUUACCUGCCAACUGGUGUCCGCUGACAGACAGUCCAGCACUUAACAACAACACAACUUGUUUUUACACUUCAGCGUCUGUACGAGUUAAACAAACUAAAUACACCAUGUCAGCUAAUAAGUGUUGAGAGGCGGAUUUACAUGCCGAGUGAAACUUAAAUAUUCGGUUCUCCGAUUACCAGCGUUAGAACAGAGGUUAAAAAACAGUCGAACUUACCAGGGAUCCAAUUUUCACCAAAAUAAUGGUGAAUGUGAGGGUGCAAAUAAUUAAGAAGCUACAAACAGUCGAGCCAUUUACACUGGAUAGAUUUAAUAACCAAUGAUAAUUAUGCAUGAACUUUUUCAUCAAUCAUUAACGCAUACAGGCUAAUAACAGAGUAUAUAAAUAGGUUAAUACGGUGAAAUAAAAGUCGAAUA